AUGCCUGUUGCGGCCGCUGUUAUUCUGGGAUUGAUUCCCCAGUUAAUAUCUGCAGACGUCAUCUGCAACUUCUCCACCACCGCUAGCAGUGGGGAUACUUGCACAUCCUUCGCUACAUCCUGGGGGUCAACUCUCGCAGACUUCCAAGCUUUGAACCCUGGUGUCUCGUGCCCGAAUCUCACAACCGGUCAAAGUUACUGUGUCAUUGGCACUGUCACCAGCGAGUCAGGGAUCACCACCAAGGCUACUAUCACCACGACUUCUAGUACAACAAAGGCCGCGACAACCACAACCUCUACUCAGUAUGAGCCCGCCGUGCCUGGUUUGCCGUCUAACUGUGACGGCUUCCAUCUCAUCGCGUCCGGCGACCAAUGCGAUGCAAUUGAGGCGAAGUACGGCAUCACCGAUGCCCAGUUCAAGGAAUGGAACCCUAGCAUUGAUAGCAAUUGCUCCAACCUCUGGCUGGGCUACUACGUCUGCGUGCACGUCCCGGGAGCCACCACAACUGCCUCGACCCCCGAGCCGACAUCUACAGGACCCGAGCCCUAG